AUCCUUCAUUGCUAGGAGCCUGGAGAGCUGCUCUAAUGCUGCUGGAUGGGCUGUAAUGGUGCUGGAUGGGCUGUAAUGGUGCUGGAUGGGCUGUAAUGGUGCUGGAUGGGCUGUAAUGGUGCUGGAUGGGCUGGAUGCAGAAAUCUAGGGCUCCAGCUCGCUGGGGGUGGGGAGGACAGCAUCCUUGCUCCAAAUAAGCAUCCUCUUCUCCUUCAGCAUCCUGGCAUCUGGAGAGUUAACUCGCUUUUUAAGCGGAAGCCUUCUGUUCCCCCGGUCUCCCUUUUCUGCUAAGCAAUUGUAAUUCAAUUAAAGUUGCAACCCGACUGGGACUGCCAAUGAAUGAUCAGUGGACAUACACAGCCAUGAUUUGUGUUCUUCAUACCACCGCCAAGGAUGACUAGAUGUGGACAGCAAGCAGAAAGGAGCUAAGAUGUACCAUUGCUGCUCUGCAGUCACGUUCGACCAGGACUUGAACAAGAAAAUGCAGAUGUGGAUCCUCCAGACGAUUGCAUUUGCUUUGACAUCGUUGGUUCUCUCUUGGGCAGAAACGAUCGAGUCCUAUGGAGAGGUGUGUGACAAUUGCCCUUGUGAGGAGCGAGAUGGUAUAUUGUCGGUGAAUUGUGAAAACAGGGGGAUCAUUAGCCUGUCGGAGAUCACUCCUCCACGUUUUGCCAUCUACCAUCUCUUCUUGUUUGGGAAUCUGUUGAAUCGCCUGUAUGUGAACGAGUUUGUGAAUUACAGCGGGGCUUCUAUAUUACACCUGGGGAAUAACGACAUCCAGGAGAUGGACACGGGUUCCUUUAACGGGCUGCAAGCUCUAAAGAGGUUGCAUCUCAAUAACAACAAGCUGGAGCUGCUGAAGAAUGACACCUUCCUGGGGCUAGAGAGCCUGGAGUAUCUCCAGGUCGAUUAUAAUUAUAUCAUCUCCAUCGAAGCCAACACCUUCAGCAGGCUUCACACGCUCCAGGUCUUAAUUCUCAAUGACAACCUCCUGUCCAGCUUGCCCAAUAACCUCUUUAGGUAUGUCCCCUUGACCCACUUAGACCUAAGAGGCAACAGGCUGAAGGUGCUUCCCUUUAUGGGCUUAUUGGAACACAUGGACAAAGUGGUGGAGCUACAACUAGAGGAGAACCCAUGGAACUGCUCGUGUGAGUUAAUUGCCCUGAAGGAUUGGCUCUAUAGCAUCUCUUACUCUGCCCUAGUCGGUGACGUGGUUUGUGAAACACCUUUUAGAUUAUAUGGCAGAGAUCUAGAUGAGAUCUCCAAACAGGAGCUAUGCCCUAGGAAACUCAUCCCUACCUAUGAAAUGAGGCCCCCCAUCCCUAGGAGUACCAACGAGUACUUCCACACCACCCCUGCCUCUGUUAAUUCGGGGGCCACCAUCUCCUCUUCUGUUUACAAAAACCCCAACAAACCCAAAAGCACACGGCAGCCUGCCAGACCCAGAGUGCGGGCCACUUCCCACCACCCACCCAAAGAGAAUGGUUACAUCGCUUAUCAGACCAAAUCCCCCGUGCCUUUGGAGUGUCCUACAAACUGUACCUGCAACCUACAGAUCUCCAACCUGGGACUAAACGUCAACUGUCAGGAGAGAAAGAUCCAGAGCAUCUCCGAUCUACACCCCAAACCUUACAACCCCAAGAAGAUGUACCUGACAGGCAACGCCAUUACACUGGUCCGCAGGUCCGACUUUCUCGACUCCACCGGCUUGGACCUCCUCCACCUUGGGAAUAACCGCAUCUCAGUCAUCCAGGACCGAGCCUUUGGGGAUCUGACUAAUUUACGGCGGCUCUACCUAAAUGGCAAUUCUAUAGAGAAGCUAAGCCCGGGCUUAUUGUAUGGUCUUCACAGCCUCCAAUACCUGUUCCUCCAGUAUAACGCUAUUAAGGUCAUAGAAGCUGGCACCUUUGACGCUGUCCCCAACCUACACCUUUUAUUUCUCAAUAACAACCUCCUGAAAUAUCUGCCUAGCAACAUCUUUUCUGGAUUGAGUCUGUCCAGGCUGAACCUCCGAUCUAAUCAUUUUUCCCACCUGAUGGUGAGUGGGGUGCUAGACCAGCUCAAGUCCCUGGUACAGAUCGAUCUCCAUGAGAACCCUUGGGAUUGUAGCUGCGAUGUGGUGGGCAUGAAGCUGUGGCUGGAGCAGCUCAGUGUGGGGGUCCUGGUGGACGAUGUCAUCUGUAAGACCCCUAAGAAGUUCUCAAUGAAGGAAAUGCGAGUGAUUAAAGCCGAUCAGCUUUGCCCUGAUUACUCUGAUAUCGUUGUUGCCACUUCUACACCUUCCGAGGAGCAGCAGCCUCCAGAGGGCACCACCACCUUCAUUUAUCCCAUUAAAGUGGACAACAAAGUGCCCAGCUCGGUGCCCCUGUCCGUGCUGAUCCUGAGCCUGCUCUUGGUUUUUAUCAUGUCUGUCUUCGUGGCUGCCGGCCUCUUUGUCCUUGUCAUGAAGAGAAGGAAAAAGAAUGAGAACGAGCCAGCCAGCACCAAUAACUCAGACGUCAGCUCGUUCAACAUGCAGUACAGUGUGUACAGCAAUAGACCUCUACCCAAAGUCAAGACCCCAGCCGGCCAUGUCUAUGAGUACAUCCCUCACCCACUGGGUCACAUGUGUAAAAACCCCAUCUAUAGAUCCAGAGAGGGCAACUCUGUAGAGGAUUACAAGGAUCUCCAUGAACUAAAAGUCACCUACAGGAACCACCUGGAAGGAGAAAGAGAAAGCAACAUUAGGAGCCCAAGUUACAGUGUCAGCACCAUUGAGCCUAGGCUUGAGCUUUCUCCUGUGCAGGAUACAGAUCGUGUCUACAGAGGGAUCCUUGAACCCGACAAAGGACCUAGCCCAGGGACUAACAUUGAAUACAAGUAUAGCAACCCCCCACCACCGUUCACCUACACCCCAAAAUAUGAAGCAAAACGUCAGUUUCUGCAUCCAGACAGAUUAAGAGAAGCUGUGCUCUACAGCACUCCCAGUACUGUGUAUGUGGAACCUAAUAGGAACGACUAUUUGGAAUUAAAAGCUAAACUCAAUGUUGAGCCGGACUACCUCGAAGUGCUGGAAAAACAGACAACAUUUAGCCAGUUCUAGACUCCUACAUCUUACACUAUUAUUAUUAUCUCUGAAACAAAGGACUACUCGAUGAUUUUGUUGCUUCAACCUACGGAUGAAGUGCCUUGGCACAAGAUUUUCAGCUGCAGCAAAUUCUACUGAAAGGGUGUGCAAUUUUCUUCUCUUUUUUUUUUUUUCUAGGACAACCAUUAAUUGUACAAACUGGGCACAACACUUACUGUUCGAAAGCGUUCCUCCUAUUUCUGCAACAUUUCUGAGAAUGAAAGAGUUGGAAUCACUCCUGGUGCUAGGAGGUAUCUAUUCUAUGAAGAUUAUUAACCCUUCAAGGCAAGGGUGGGUCUAAAUGACUUUUCUGGUGUUUUAGAAGCCCCCUCCCCCCCAUGUUUAAUAUAAAGGUCCAUUUUUACAGGAUGUAUUUGUAUGCUCUCCAGACUUUUGAAGUUUAAGCGAAAUAUGUAAGCUAUUUACGAUCUUUAUGCAUCACCAUAAAUGGUGUGAACAAAAUUCUGAAGUGCAAAGACAUAGAAAUCUAUAACUUGGGUAGUCAAAAAUAAUUUAUUGUUGAAAUAUGAAAUAUUUUAAUGUAGCACCUAUUUUUAUAUGCACAUUAGCAUUUUUUCUUCUUCUUUUUUUCUUCUUCUUCACUAUUCUUGUCUUUGAUUUGCUCAAAUGUGUUGCACUACAUAAAAGAUGCUGAGAUCCUGUGCUGGUAUAUGGAAAUUUGGCUAUGACAAUUUAACAUGUUAAAGAGUGUUUUAUGGCAUGUGUGUUGAAUAGUAUAUGGUCAUAUGGUGGUUCUAUGAAAGGUACGCUAAGCUAAAUCUAUAAUUGGGCACUUCAUAGAACUGAAUAGUGAGGGAUAUACAGGGAUACCCGUUUUUGAGAAGGGGAAAAAAAAUGAUUUCAUUUCAUUAGUGAACCAAAUGUAAUUUUCUCGACUACUGUUGUAGCCAAAUUCAAAUGCACUGUACAGACUGGCGUGUGUCCUGUCACCUGGUAGGUUUGACAUACAGAGAUUUUGAAGCUUGUUUUAUUUUCUACAUUUAUGUAUUCUUUUUUUUUUUUUUU